AGUCGCAGUUGAGGUGAUUUUCCAGAGUUGUUCCAGUGUUUCGAGGUAGCUGCUUGCAUCCGCAGGACCUUCAGAACUCUGUCAUCUUCAGUUCAUGUCUUUGGGUUCAUCAUAUGCUGUAUUUUCAUUCCUGUCAGUAUACUUGUAUUGUGUUAGAGGCUCUACGCUUGUGACCCCUCGGUUUUGGGGAUGUGGUGAAAUUAUUCUAAAUUAUUGUCUUCAGUUUGGCCCUUAUCUAUGGCAGAACAUUUUCUAAUCUCAGUUGAUAUCAUAUUGGGCUAUAAUGCCGUUGUUGGGUAUGAUAUGGUCGGGCUUGCCUAGCCUUGCGGCAGGGCGCCAUCACGACCGGGAUUUGGGGUCGUGACAUCAGGUUCUAAGGACAAAACUAAUAGAACUAUGAAAGCCUACGGAAGAACUCCCACUCACUGAUCUAGUGUCGGAUUUCUUUCUUAUUAAGUUCAAGCAAGGAGACAGUAUUCUCAAAGCGCUACAGGGAGGCCCAUGGUUCAUUUUAAACCACUUCUUAUCCGUCCGACGAUGGGAACCAAAAUUUACAGCAUCCAAGACUCAACUUACGUACUCAGCCAUCUGGGUACGACUCCCUGAAUUGCCAACAGAAUUUUACGAUACUGAAAUUCUACAACGAGUUGGUUCAAAGCUUGGCCAACUAUUGAAGUUUGAUACGUGCACCUCGGCAACUACAAGAGGAAGAUAUGCUCGCAUCUGUAUUGAAGUGCCUCUUGAAAAACCACUAAAAUCCUAUAUUAAUAUAGGUACGCAUAGACAAAGUCUAAGCUAUGAGGGUGUGGGUAUAUUAUGUACAGGCUGUGGGCAUCUUGGGCAUACAAUACAAAUUUGCUCAACACCUACACCAAAUGCAACAACUCCUACGACAGCAACACCUUCUCCUUCUACUAAUACUAAGCAUACAUGGAAAACAGUGGAUUUCUCACGGAAAUUUACCUCAAAGAACACUCAUCAAUGGAGUUCACCUUCCACUUCAACACAACAAAGGGAUAGGCUGCUGGUGAAAGAGGUUACAGGUAAGUCCCCUAACCCUACAGGCCCACUUUUGGGCCUUACUAACCAGCUAAACAACGGGCCAGACACUCAGAACACUACCUCCUACAAUAUGUUCAGCCCAUUAGCUGAUGUACUUGGGCCUCACGCUGAGAGAAAAAUUGAUAGCCCAAUGAAUGUUACUACUGCUCUGUCACCUAAUCCUUCUCAGAUUGAGCCUAAACCAACUAAGGAAAAUAUUAGUCAGUUACCUAUAUUACCGCAUCCCUUCUUAUCCAAUCAGUCAUUACCAGAUUUAUCUUCCAACACCUACACGUCUCUAAUAAGUGAUAAGCCACAUAGGAUAGAGGUAGCUUUUGCUAAAACACAUAAGCAGAACAAUAAAAACCCACCGCCCAAUCUGCCUCCUAGUUCACCCCACAUGGACUUGUCCCCCACUAUGCUUACUAAAACAAUUGGUAAAUUGCAUGCCUCAGUAAUUUUAGAGGAUGACAACUCGACUGUUACCUGCAUGCAAGAAAAGAAUCUCCCACGUGCACCCCCUCUUAUAACACACGCUAACCCACAAUCAUCUCUGUUAAAUACACUGCCCCAUACCACUUCUAUCGAGUUUACACAAAAUUCUCACUCUUCACCUAGUUACUCUCUAAGCAAGCAUGCAGAGACCAACAUUCUCCAACAACCUUCGAAACCAGAACUUCAGAACAAAUAUGGAAGUGAACAAUCACUUCUUCCAACUACCCAGGAUGAUUAUGCAAGGCCCCCAAAUGCUAAACAUCUCAGCACCAAUGAUUUACACAUCUCAGGAGAUCACUUUGGAUCAGCCACUGCAGUCUUGGCUCGAGAUGGGCCUUCAAGAGUAUGCCUUAGUGUUCACGAUGGAGUUGAACAAUCAAGAAGUAGUUCUCCUCAUCCAGAACCCUACUCAUCUAGCAGAAAUAGUGACCGAGGGAAUAAGGAUUGGGAUGGAGUCAUAUACACAAAAUCAAUGGCACUCGACCCACUCUCCGCUUCUACUAGGCAGCCAAGUUUCUCCUUCCAUGCAAGCACACUGGCAGUACAACCUACCACCAUUGCCUCAUAUGGGAAAUCAAAGUUUUUAACUCCUUCAAUUCUACCCUCAUCAUCAUAUGGGACAAAUUUAUGCACCUUAGUUCCAAGCCACGGAUACUUUCAAUCCUCUUUCCCCAUAUGCGAGUCCACUCAGCCCUCUAGAAAUACUGACUCCACUGGACAACCCUCAAAGCACUCCUCCUCAAUCUCCAUACGAACUAGAUCUUCAAACAAGCCAGGAAUUAGCAGAGAUUUUAGCAGAAAUGAGAGCAACGAGGACAGAAUUCUGGCGGUUAAAGAGCCUUCACCUUUACAACCUAGACGAGCACUUCGAAAAAAAGUUCAUACUGAAAUGCCCUCUAGAAAUGGUAGAAUGCAGUCUCAACUUCAGGCAAUCAAUAAAUCAAGCUUUAGGAAAAUAUGCGAUGGUAAUACUUCCUACUCUUCUUCAGAAUAAUCCGACUCUGAGUCUAGGUCCGACUGUCACUCAGAUAGUAACUCAGAUGAAUCAGUCUCCCACGAGGGAGAUAAUCUCUCCUAACGCUUACAUGAACUUUUUAGUAUAGAAUUGUAGAGGGUCACACAAUCCUGAGUUUCCUAGACACUUUAGGUCUCUUCUGGAUAAUCACAAACCAGUGUUAGCUAUUCUACUUGAAACACACAUGCAAGAUCAUAGUCAACUACGUGAGGAUUUUGGGUUUUCUCAUAUGUCCCAAGUACCAGCAAAUGGGCUGAUUGGAGGAUUACUUGUGUUGUGGAAUGAGGCUAGUAUCAAUGUCACUGAAUUAAGCCUCACUGAUCAAGAAAUCCACUGCGUAGUCCAGGUACCUCCUACUACAGCUUAGCAAUCCAAAGGUACAACAUGCAUACAGAGAGCAGAAUAUGGUUGCGGAUAAACUAGCGAAGGCAGCCACCCUUUUUGUUCCUACUAUGGAUCCUUGUAUAUAUCAUGUGGCGCCCCUUUUUGCAAUAAAGGCACUGGAAGAUGAUGCACCUGAAAUUUUGAAUGUAAAUUUAAAUCAGGCAAUGCAUGACACUAGUGUUAAUGCUUUUGUAAAUAGUUUACAUGCAGGCAGUAGUAGUAUUAAUAGUAGUCUGCAUGAGAAUAACUACUCUAAGUACCUGUAAUAGAUCUCUCUGUAUGCAUUAGCCUAUCUAUAUAAAGUACUUAUCUUUUGCACCAAGAAAAAAAAAAUAGUACCUUAAGUAUUAUUUUAUCACAUUAGUUUGGCUUCACCUGUAAAGAUUUCAGUGACAUGGGCUUC